AUGGUGCUGUUUGAAAUUGAAUAUCGAGUGCGGCUUCCUCGGGAGGAGAUGUGGAGCCUGCGAGAAGACCCUGAGUUUUUGCGUUGGCAGUAUGAGCACUCCUCCGAUAUGAGCAACCUGGAAAUUGUGGAGAAAAACGUCGACGCAGCCGACCCCGACCGCAUAACCGUGACGUGGCGGAUAACACCUAGCGUGCCGCUGCCGCAGUUUGUACUUGCGUACGUUGGCGAAGGUGCUGGCAUCUACAUCGAAGACGUUCACGAAUACCGCCUGUCGAAGCCGUACUACAUCAACUUCCGCAGCCAUCCGAAUAUGUUUCAGGAGUACACCGAGACCAGGGGUGAGUGCGAGUUCGUUGAUGAACCUGCUGACUCCGCGGAUGCCCAGGCUGGAACACGCGUCUGCAUCCGAGGAGAGGUGAUUGUGAACGUCCCGCUUGUGGGGCCUUACGUCGAAAACUUCGUGGUGAAUAACUUGCGGAACUUUUACACGGGGUUUCCAGACCUGGUGCAUUCAUAUGUAGCGGCCAAAAAUGGACGUUUGAACCCCGACGACAGUCAGAUGUGGUUGAACCCGGAGUCAUCGGUGCAUGUACAACCGAAUACCGCAGAGGCAAACGAGGCGAGUGCCAUCCACGGGGCUGGCGCGGAUGUGGCCCCUGCUCUGGCGGCUCUGCAGCGCUCGCUACCGCCAUCGGUCGACGCGUCACUGGCAUCCGUGCCAGUGGCUUCUGGCGCCCCUGAAGCGAUCCCAGAGUCCAUACAAGCGCCAAGAAGAUCAUGGUGGCCAUGGCAAUGA